AUGUGUCUACAUAGCUUCUGUCAGGUCCCAGCUCUUGUUGAUCCGUUGAGUUAUGUACAAAACUUCAGAUUACACACUUUACAUAUGGAGACAUUUUUAACUGUGUUUCUGAGUGAUUUUGCCAGUAAAUCCAUAUCUUUCCUGAUCAACAAGUGCUCAAAGCCGACAGCAUCAAACAUGGAGGAGAGACUGCAACGGCUGCUGCUGAGGAUCCGGAUUAUCAUGGAGGAGGCAAAGGACCGGCUAAUCACAAACCAAGGCAUGCUGCUGCAACUGAACAUACUGAGGAAGGAGAUGUACAGAGGAGGGUAUUACACCCUUGACAGAUUCAGAUACCAUGCCCAUGAACAAGACAAUAGCAAAGAUAACAAGGUGAGUAACUCUUUCUCAAAAUCCAAGUUCAAUCCUGCCAAGCGUGUUCGGUUCUUCUGGGUCAGUGGCCAUAGUUUACAAGAGCAGUUGCAGAAAAUUGAUCUAAGAGAUAGAUUUGGGGAUUUCAACAUUGGCAGUAUAGAAGUCACCCUUGAAGAUGUGAGUGUGUUUGUCAUGUUGUUGAACAGUUGUCCCCAUUUGUGCCGUCAGCCAUAUAGCAUGCACUUGCUUUUAGACAAAUGCUUGUUUGGUCGCCAAAUGGAGAUGGAGCACAUCAUGAACUUCCCGCUCAAAGUGGAUUCUCCAGGUGCUGAAAAUCCGGGUGUCCUGCCGAUCAUCUGUCGACGGAAAGCUGGGAAGAGCACCUUGAUUGAGCAUGACUGUAACGAUGAAAGGGUGUGUAACCACUUCUCUCAAAUUGUGUGUUUCAGUGACAAUGAUCUUAAAGAUGCAUGCAUGGUGACUCUUAGAGAUUGUGGUGCAAUCAAGCAUCAAAACCAUGGCAUUGGUGGAGAAAGAGUAUUUAUUGUUAUCGAGCAAAUCGGAGACAUCGAUGAGGGUGUAUGGAGAAGAUUGUACUCAGCUUCCAAGAGUUGUGUUCCAAAUGGUAGUAAAAUUAUUGUCGCAAGCCAAUCUGAUAAGAUUGCGAGCUUUGGAACAACACAAGCUCUUAGAGUAGAAUUGUUUACUGAAGAAGCAUACUGGUACUUUUUCAAGGUGUGCACAGUCGGAAGCAUGGAUGAACAGGAGCACCCAAAGCUGGCAUCAAUAGCCAUGGAUAUGGCCAGGGAGUUGGAUGGGUGUUUCAUGGGUGCAAGCAUCUACAGUGUACUUCUGAAAGCAAAUUUCAACGCUCGGUUUUGGAACAUGGCUCUGGCAAGCAUCAAAGAAUUCAAGCAAACGAACCUCCUAGUAUACGGCGCAUAUAUUGACAAUCCUUGGCAGACGUCUGAACCGACAUAUGUUAGGACGGUAAACAGAAUUUCCUCUGAAUACCUUGUGAUUCUUGACGACUAUCAGACAUGUCCCAUCCAAAUCACAAACCCUGCUCAGAGUGAAGCUGAAGUUCCUGAGGUGAAUAUUCAAGAUUUUCUCUUUGCGAGUGUUAUACCUCAAGGAAAAUUCAAGGUUCUUGCAUGGACAUCUCACCUUCCACCUCACUACAACUACAUGCUCAGCUGUGAGGUACAGAGGAAAUAUCGUAUGGUCGCCAAAAAGAAGAGAUCGCAGGAACUUUGCACCUGA